AUGAAAUCAUUUGCCAAGGAUAUUAUACGUUCCGAGGGUAAGCGUCUGCGGCCUAAACUGUUUUAUGAGUCAGAUGCCAAUAAAAUGCCCAAAACAAUCUAUGAUUUAUUUGAGAAAAGCGUUUGUGAUGAGGAAACCGAAGCGUUUCUCAAGAUGGCCUCUGAGUUUAGCUCGUGGAAGAUGUUUAUCGCUGAUUUCUGCAGUGUAUUUGUAUCGCGCACGACUGCUAACGGUUUGGUAGGCCGCGGGGGGAUGUUCGUGCUCUCCACCAAGCAGGCCCGUUCCCUGUUACGUCCACCGGGUAUGCCUCUUUCGGUGGAUGCCGAUCACACGUCGUGCCCGGCGCCCCUAAUGGAGCCUGCUUUCAAAACAUUGUUGGAUAUCGGCGCCGGAGACGGUGGCGUGACGGCGAAGCUUUCCCCUCUCUUCGAACAAGUGUUCGCAACUGAGUACUCAGCAACGAUGCGCUGGCGGCUGCGGCGUCGCGGGUAUGAGGUUCUCCCCCAUGAGGAUCCAUUUCACGAUGAGACGACUAAGGAGCGACGCCUUUUCGAUGUGAUUAGCUGCCUGAACGUUCUGGAUCGCGCGGACACCCCACUCACCCUUCUUCGCGAAAUGCGGGAAUCGCUAAAGCCGGACGGUUUUUUGCUAUUAGCCGUCGUCCUUCCGUGGUGCCCGUUUGUUGAGUACAACAACGAGCAGCGGGCACCAAAGGAGCGGCUGUGCAUGGACGGUGUUGAGUGCGGAAAAGGAGCUUCGUUUGAGGCGUCAGUGAGCAAGUUAGUUGAAAACGUGCUGCAGCCAUGCGGCUUUGAGGUGCUCCGCUGGACGCGUGUUCCGUAUUUGUGUGAAGGCAAUUUCGAAUUGGAGUAUGCAGUUCUGAACGAUGCUGUUUUUGUCUUGAAGCGGAGCUCCAUCUCUGAAGGGGGGGCGAGCUCCACCUCGUAA